GUACUUCCUGUUUUUCUUGCGACGCGUGAAACGGGUUAACGUGUCUCCCUUAAAUACGAGUAUGAUGUACAAUAUUGGGUCAAGAGUAUCUAUGUCGGUCGUUAUAGCGCUCGCUGUUUUUACUCUACACUGGACAGUUUCAUGUGCUGGGAAGAUGAAGAUCGUGGAGGAACCGAACACAUUUGGGCUCAACAAUCCCCUUCUAACCGGGAGCAACAGGCUUCAGGCCAAAGUGCCUCCAUCGCCGGUGUCGGGACCCCCCCAUCUACACAGACUGGCCGGGAAAUGUUUCAGCUACAUUGAAUCAACGUACAAGUACGAGUUCUGCCCAUUCCACAACAUAACCCAACAUGAGCAGUCGUUUCGGUGGAACGCUUACAGUGGAAUACUGGGAAUCUGGCAGGAGUGGGAGAUCACAAACAACACCUUCCUAGCCAUGUGGUUGAGGGAAGGAGACUCCUGUGGAACUAAAAACAGGCAAACCAAGGUGCUCCUGUCGUGUGGUAACAGCAGUAAGUUGGCACAUGUGUCUGAGCCCAGCACCUGUAUGUACUUGCUGAGAUUUGAGACGCCGCUGGUGUGCCACCCUCAUUCGCUUCUGGUGUACCCGACGCUCAGCGACAAGCUGCAGAAGCAGUGGGACGAAGCGGAACAGGCUCUGUACGAGGAGCUCAUCACGGAGCAGGGAUAUAACAGCAUGCUGAAGGACAUCUUUGAAGAGGCUGGCUUCUUAAAGACCCAAAAGGUGAACGAUAAUCAGCAAUCGAAAACAACCACAAAAAAUUUUGAGUCCCUCGAGCAAUGCACUGAGGAUUUUCAGAAACUGAGUGAGGACGUUGACAGAUUGAAGGCGCUGCUGACUCAGCACAACAUCCCUCACGAGAAAGAGACAGCGGAAAGGUCGCAGAGCCCCCCAAGCGCCAUCACGACAGAAACCUCCCGGGACCAGCGUCUGCGUGGGGACGCAGGUCUGCUCGCUGAUGUGCAGUGAAAUGUCACGGGAAACAUUACAACGCACAAGUUCUCCUCGGACUUCCGCUGAAGGCUUGAGGGAAACGUUUUACGGAUUCCCGUGAUCCCUACCGGAAAGGUCUCGCCAUUGCGGAAGGGUGACGUUAAAAGAGCAUUCAAAAAUAAGAUGCGUUUUCAUGGCUGGAAGGGAAGAUCUGUGGCGUGGAAGAAACGUCUCCUUCAGUUUUCCCUGAGAUGGGAAGGACCAGAAGAGGAAUCACUAUAUGUUGAGACCAACUACUAUUAACACUUGAAGAAUUUCCCUUUUUCUUUUUCUCCAUUUCCCUUGAUGUUUGGCAAAGUGACCUGCACUUUUUGGAAUUUGCUCUGUAAAUAGGAACCUUGUCCCACUUGCUGUAUGAAAUAUGAAAGGUGUCAAGCAGUAUUUCUGCUUCAAACUAGACGGACAAAUGAACUUGAUCUGCUUUACAGAGCCAGGUUAUCGAGCAGAAGUCUGAUUUGUGCAUUUCUUUGUUCUCUCCGUUUGCCAUUGGUGAUAAAAUAAAAGGCAGAAAUAAUCUAUCGAUUGCUGCUGGACAGAAAAAGCCAUGGUCUGUUACAACUUUGUGUGCUGUAGUUUCAUGUAGUUAUUAGUCAUUCCUUCACUGUGUAACCGGUACAUUUCAACACGGGGAAAUAAAUACAAUGUGACUCAUUUGC